AUCCAAAGUUUUAAAACAGCUGAUGAGUGUAUCUCAGUGGUUAGUUGUAUCGAAUUUAGUGGACCGUAACAUUUCAGUUGCCGAUUUCAGAAUCCCGUAGUGUCUAGCAAAGCGAACCAUAAACUGUGCUAUUUCUUCUCUUUCUCAGUGCUCAACCCUGACCCGGAAAGUUUGUGCAAUUUAUCCCAACCUGCAACGCACUGCGUAAAUGAACAGGAUGGCACGCGCCGGUUUCCGAAUUGCUCUGCUUCAGCUAAAAGUCGGAGCCGACAAGGCACAAAACAUCGAAAACGCGCUGGCCAAAAUACGGUCCGCAGUGACGGACAAGGGUGCUCGCGUGGUAGCGCUGCCCGAAUGUUUCAACUCCCCGUACGGUACGCAACACUUUCCGGCGUACGCGGAAGAGAUACCGUCCGGUGAGACGAGCCGCAGCCUGGCGGCAAUUGCGAAAGAGCUCGGCAUCUAUCUGAUCGGUGGUACGAUUCCGGAAAAAUGCCGCACGGACAGCAAGCUGUACAACACCUGUACCGUAUGGUCGCCGGAAGGGUCCCUGCUGGCGACGUACCGCAAAAUACAUCUGUUCGACAUUAACAUUCCGGGUGGGAUUACGUUCCGCGAGUCGGACGUCCUGACCAGCGGCAGCAAACUGGCGACGGUGGCCAUCGACGGGGCGAAGGUUGGCCUUGGCAUCUGCUACGACAUGCGGUUCGACGAGCUGGCAAGGCUGUACCGCAAUCAGGGCUGCGAUAUGCUGAUCUACCCGGGCGCGUUCAACAUGAAGACGGGCCCGCUGCACUGGGAGCUGUUGGCACGGGGCCGUGCGAACGAUACGCAAUCGUACGUGGCCACCAUUUCGCCGGCACGCGACCCAUCCGCCGGGUACGUUGCCUGGGGCCAUUCGAUGGUGGUCGACCCGUGGGCGAAGGUCGUCGCCGAGGCGAACGAGGAGGAAACGACCGUUGUCGCCGAUGUGAAUCUCCAGACGGUGGAUGAAGUACGGGCACAGAUUCCAAUAUUUAGCCAGCGUCGCACUGAUCUGUACGCGACGAACGCACUGGAGAAGUAGUGCCGUAAAUGCCAUUUUGUAAAAAAAACCUUGUUGAAAAUAUACAGACAUGUUUUAUGCAUUUUUUUAAACCUAAAAUACGAUGGUUGCGGUUUGAUAGCGGUUACGAUACUGCUACCUCUAGAUUUAAGGCAACAUUCUAUCACAAUUCCACACUUUAUCACGAAGAGAGAUAAAGAAAACCGCACAUAGAUAUGAUGGUGUGUUAUUUUACCCUGGCUGAUAACGAUUCAACCACUCAAGGGCUAUUUGUGGAAUCAAUAUUGCUAGCAUCCGGACACAUCAUCAACCAUGCAGCUUAAAGUGAUGCGGCACUACCAAAACGGUUUGAUUUUCCUAUUGGUUCUAAAUUUGAUCCUACGUUGCGAUGCAAGCUGCAGCUUUGGAUUGGGAGAUCGAGUCCCUGGUGAGCGAUUGCUGCACACUAUAACCAUUACGAAAGGACCCUAUGAGCUUGAUCAAAUGAUCGAGAUGAACCUUGACUACCGCGUAAGUCCGCUGCAGAACGAGGAAAUCACCUUCAUACAGCUCAACGGUACCGCUGAUGGGGGCUGUUCCGCCCUCAUAAGCAACAGUGUGGAUCGUAGAAAGCAACUGCUCGGAACAGUUCAAAGUGCCCGUCCGGUAAAAGAUUUCGCCCUCACGGUGGCCAUCCACGGUAUUGUGAGAAUAAACGCACAGUAAGCAGCAA